AUGUGGUUAGCACCAUUCUCUCAUGAUAUUAACUACAGCAACCCACGAAAACAAGAUCCAUUACAUCAAUGCAAUUGUAUUGAUUUUAAGCUUCACCUGUUUUAUCAUGAAUACCUCAACAUUUCAUUGAACACUCAUGAAUUUUUCAUGAAUUUUAAAAUUGGAGCUUAUGAAGAGAUUUAUUGGGAAGUCGAUGAUGAAACAAUAGAGCGACUUUUUUUCCCUGAAAGAGUGAAAAAGCAAAAAGAAAUCAAAGCAACGACAGAAGGGAAAUAUUGA